CUUCAUCUUCCACAGUAAUUAAUUUACUCGUUUAAUCACAGGCUUCUACUCUCUUUCUCUGGGAAAAUGAGCGAGUCAGUCACCAUUGAAAUGGCGCAUGCAGAAACAAGCCGAGAAGCAAAAGGAAAAGCCCCUCUUCUGGCGGCGGCCAUGAAGACCGUGGAGCAUGAGAAGAGAGGGAAGAAUAAGGGGAUAGCGAUAUUUGAUUUCGUUCUGAGGGUGGCUGCGCUGGUGGCGGCUCUGGCCGCCGCCGCCACCAUGGGAACGGCGGAGGAGACUCUCCCGUUCUUCACCCAGUUCUUCCAGUUCCAAGCCAGCUACGAUGAUAUAGACACAUUCCAGUUCUUCGUGGUUGCAAUGGCUAUUGCCAGUGGCUAUCUUGUGCUUUCAAUCCCCUUCUCUAUAGUUUGCAUCGUUCGGCCACAUGCAAUUGGCUCAAGAAUGCUUCUCAUCAUCUUAGACACCGUGAUGGUUGCUUUCACCACCGCAGCGGCGAGCUCAGCAGCUGCCAUGGUUUACUUGGCGCACAAUGGAAAUCCGAGCGCGAACUGGCUUGCGAUUUGCCAACAAUACACCGAUUUCUGCCAAAAGGUCAGUGGAGCCGUGGUGGCGUCGUUCAUAACUGUGGCUAUCCUCGUCUUCUUGGUCGUGUUAUCUGCCGUGGCUCUUCGAAAACGUUGAACAUUAAUAUUGUCGAAAUAUUUGGAUUGGUCAUGUGAUUCUUCUAAGUCCUGUUCAUUUGGUAUUUUGAUGUUGGAUCUCUGAGGAGAUUUGGAGAAAAAAGUCGGAGCAUUGUGCUCUUGGUUGUAUAAGUAAUUUUAAUAUUGAGAGAUGUUUUGAGUACUGAUGGGAGCAAACGGUACUAAUUAACUUUCG